AGAGGUAUGUGACAGACAGGUGUAUUUCUGUUCCUCAUUAAAGCAGGAGGUGGGGGGACAGGGUACAAACACUGUGAUACCUGAAGCAAGUCAGACUGUGAACCAUGGCACUGCAAGGCAACCUGUUCUCUCUCCUGGCUUUGCUGCUGUUACCAACAGAAUCACAACCCCAGACUGCCUGUGGACAGGCUGUACUUAACAACAGGAUCGUCGGGGGCCAGUCUGCCCAGCUGGGGUCCUGGCCCUGGCAGGCCAGUCUGCGUCUGAAUGGGAAGCACACAUGUGGGGGGACCCUCAUCAACAGCCAGUGGGUGCUGACUGCAGCGCACUGCUUUUCAAGCCCCAUAACUCUGAGUCAGUGGACAGUGUAUCUGGGAGUGACAGACACGGGCUCUAGCACCAACACAGUGUCCAGUGGGGUCCAGCAGAUCAUCAAGCAUCCAAACUAUGACUCCUCAACCAACAACAAUGACCUGACCCUGAUGAAACUGAGCAGUUCUGUCUCCUUCAACAACUACAUCCAGCCCGUCUGUCUGGCUGAUACCAGCAGCACCUUCUACAAUGGGACCAGCUGCUGGGUCACUGGCUGGGGAGACACAGUUGAAGGUGGGACAACUCUACCCUCGACCCUGCAGGAGGUCCAGCUGCCCAUCAUUGGGAACAGGCAGUGUGGGUGUCUGAAUGAUGUGGUCUUCGGAGCGAACAGUGUCACUGGCAACAUGAUCUGUGCGGGAGUGCUGCAGGGGGGCAAGGACUCCUGCCAGGGAGACUCAGGGGGUCCCCUGGUCUGCAAGCAGGGCUCUGCCUGGGUUCAGGCUGGUAUUGUGAGCUUUGGAAAGGGCUGUGCUCGUCCCAAUCUCCCAGGAGUGUACACCAGGGUGUCCCAGUACCGGGACUGGAUUAACGGACAAGUGGGGUCGGGAGCCACAGGCUUUGUGACCUUCACCUCCAGUGGCACAGACGCUGACAGCAGCUUCACCUGUGGUGCCACAGCAGCAGUGCCCACUGCCAUCCCCACGACUGCAGGCCCCAGCCAAGUCUGCGGGAGGCCCAGACUCAACACGCGCCUCCUUGGGGGUCAGUCAGCUGCAGAUGGGUUCUGGCCCUGGAUGGCCAGCCUGCAGAGGAAUGGAAGUCAUGUGUGUGGAGGGACCCUCAUCGCCAGCGACUGGGUGAUGACAGCUGCACAAUGCUUACCCAGCUCUGUGAACACCAGUGAAUGGAGAGUGUUUCUGGGCAGGCAGAACCAGACAAGCUCCAACACCUUAGAGAAAUCCACUGGAGUCCUGAACGUUUUCACCAGCAGCCUUAGUGGCACCAACAUCGCCCUCCUGAGACUGGACACCAAUGUCUCCUUCACAGACUACAUCCUGAGCGUCUGCCUGGCAGGGGCAGGAAUCACAUUCACCCCUGGCACUCAGUGCUGGGUCACCGGUUGGGGCAACACAACUGCUGCGCUCCUUCAGGAAAAAAGUACAACAAUCGUCCAGUGUAACAACGGGUCUUCAGCUGACACCAUCUGUACUUCUCCUCUGGACCUGGAGCAGGGAGACACAGGAGGCCCCCUGGUCUGCAAACGGAACUCCAUUUGGAUUCAGGCCAGUGUGAUUGUCCCUGGCAACAGCAUCACGCGCGCUCUCUCAACAACGUCGUUCAUAACGGUCUCACGUUACGCGAGCUUCCUGCAGGCGACUGUGGGCUCCAGAGUUCCCCUCAUCUCCAAAAGCAGCCCCAGUGCCCGCUUCACCCCCUUCACCCACACAGUCCUCCUCCUGGCUGCACUCCACCUUCUGCUGGCUGCCUGGAUCUCCACAUUCUUGUCCAGCUCUGUUCCGUGGAGGAGCUCUAUAGUGGGUGGUCAGGAUGCAAAGGAGGGACAGUGGCCCUGGCAGGUCUACAUCCACAUCCAGGUGAACCACAAUGCGGCCACAUUCUGUGGGGGCUCCCUGAUCAGUAAGCAGUGGGUUAUAACUGCAGCGCACUGCUUCCCCAAAUCAUUUCGCCACUUUCUCAAAUUUUACCUUGUGAGGCUGGGGGCGUACAAGCUGGACCGACCCUCCAAACACGAGGUCAAGAAAAGCAUUAAGAAGGUCGUCCUCCACGAGCAGUACGAGAAAGCAGAAGACGGCUUUGACAUCGCCCUGGUGCAGCUGGACAGCGAGGUGUCCCUCUCUCCUUACAUCAGUCCUGUCCAGCUCGCCAAGCCCAACGAUGUCUUCACAGAGGACACAGAGUGCUGGGCCACCGGGUGGGGGAUGACUAAAGAGAAUGGAUCCAAGUCUGAGAUUUUGCAACAGGUUCAACUCCCUGUCAUAGCGAACCGGCGCUGCCAGGAGCUGCUUGCCAGCCACCGAGAAAUAAAAGGCAAAUACAAGAUCAGGCCAAACAUGAUGUGUGCCGGAUAUGAGGAGGGAGGGAAGGACACCUGCAUGGGCGACUCUGGAGGCGCACUGGUCUACAAGAAGGGGCAACACUGGGUCCAGGCUGGAAUCGUCAGCUUUGGACUAGGUUGCGCUAAGCCCAAGUCCCCCGGCAUCUACACCCAGGUCCCCAGCUUCAGGGACUGGAUAAACAAGCACAGCGGAAUCUGAGGCCUGGGCACAGCGCCCCUCACAUGGUCCGCUGGCUCCCUGCUGCUAGAGGGAGAGAGUGAAACGAGAAGGAACAACACAGCUGAGGGGCGAGAAGAAUGCCGGAAGCAGACAGGACAGAAGGAA